AUGGCAAGGCUAAAAAUAAUCAAGCAGCAAAACAACGAGUCAAUAGAAGACUAUGGCGGGAGGGUGCAACAUUGGUACAACAGACUGAUGAUGCUACACGAUUCGAACCCAAACCUAUUGCCUAUCCAAAAACAAAUGCUGAAGGAAAGCGUGGAAGCAGAGGCAGUGAGACAAUUUACUUAUGGUCUACAGCCAACAUUUAGGCGUAAAAUCACUAGUCUAAACCCGAGGACCCUCUGUGAAGCAAUCAUAGACGCACUGAAUCAUAGAGGAAAUGAUAAUGCUAACAACAACAAUUACAAAAAUUAUAACAAGGGCAACAACAAUGGCCCAAUGGAGCCUUAUAACGCGAAUAAUAAUUACUACAGCAGAAAUAAUCAUUACAAUAAUAGAAAUAACAACUACAAUGACAGGAAUGAUAACUUUAAUUUUAAUAAUUACAAAAAUUAUUACAGGGGUUAUAACAAUGGCGCAACAGAGGCUUAUAAUAGGAACAAUAAUUACAAUGAUAGAAGGGACACAUCCAACCAUUAUGGAAAUGACCAUACAAAUCAGGACAGUAGGGACGGCUAUAACAGAAACUUUAUAAGACCUGGGCCACCACAAAAUAGAGGCCCACUGGAGCAGAGAAACGGCGAAUACGGCCCUGAUAAUAGGAGAAAUGGAUCGGCUGCUUUUAACUCGCAAGAUGUUCGGCGUGGUCCCCAAACGCCUAGCAUGAACUAG